UAACGUUAAAAGACUUCGUUUACAAUGAACCACAAUGGAGAAGUAGCGGUAGCUGCAAUUCAGCCAGACUUUUAUCCCCAAAAAUAAUUUUGUUUAAAAGCUUUUUAGGUUUUAUCUUACAUUUCGAACACCAUUCAUCUGAAAGGAAAGUUGUUUUAGAUAAAUUAAAGAGUACAGCUUCUGGUUUGAACGAGGAAAUUGAUUUCGGCUAACGCUAUGUAGCAUGCUAAUUCAUGUGAAUUCGUUUUAAACUCAUCUUUAAAUUUGGUGUUACAAGUUCCACACACAGGUAUGACUGAAUACAAACUUGUGGUGGUCGGGGCUGGAGGUGUGGGCAAAAGCGCCCUCACCAUCCAGCUCAUCCAGAACCACUUUGUGGACGAAUAUGACCCAACGAUCGAGGACUCUUACAGAAAGCAGGUGGUGAUCGACGGAGAGACGUGUCUGCUGGACAUCCUGGACACUGCGGGUCAGGAGGAGUACAGCGCCAUGAGGGACCAGUAUAUGAGGACGGGAGAGGGCUUCCUCUGUGUGUUUGCUAUCAACAACACCAAGUCUUUUGAGGACGUCCACCUGUACAGAGAGCAGAUCAACAGAGUGAAGGACAGUGACAACGUUCCCAUGGUUCUGGUGGGGAACAAGAGCGACCUGAGCACCCGCACUGUGGAGACCAAGCAAGCGCAGGAUCUGGCCCGGAGCUAUGGAGUCCCCUUUGUGGAGACCUCUGCCAAAACCAGACAGGGGGUUGAGGAAGCCUUCUACUCACUUGUGCGAGAGAUCAGAAAAUACAAAGAGACCUACCGCAACAAGAAAAGCAAAAAGGGCUCUCAGAGACGCUGCACGAUUCUAUAGCGCCCCCCACAGAGAGCCCGUUUCAUGCUGCUCUCCCCAUCAGUGAUGUCCAGCAGCUCCGAUGAGCUUUAGCCGUCACCAUUUCCACCAAGUGCUGCCACCCCCAUCUGCACAGUCCAUUUCCUUUCUAAAGAACUUGUGCAUCACUGUAGAUUUUUGUAGCCUUCGGAGCUCGAAUCAUUUUGGUUCCAGACUCCCGGGCGCACUUUAUUUCCUUUUUAGUGUCUAAAAACGGAGCGUAGGGUUCAUUAGUGCCACCUUAAAACAUACUCAGGAAUGAGUCGUUCCAGAUGCCUCCGAGGUGCCACUUCUGCAUUAACACUGUAUUCUACAGUCUCCUUUAACUCGCUUUCAUCACUUAACACCGUGGCGUCCCCGCGCCUGCCGCAGCGCGUGGAGCAGCUUCUCCGUACUGGAGCCAGUGUUUGACAGUGUAAUAGUGCUUAAGUUAUCAUGUAGAGCAACUUUUUAUGUCCGUGCAUGUCCUUUUUAAAUGUUUGUUACCCUAAACACAGCAAAUUGUUUUUUUUUUCUAUUUUUGUAGAACUUCAAAAAGUCCCGCCCUCUCCGUAAAGCUGUAAUAAAAAUCUGUUUGAAAGUGUA